AUGAAGCUGCGUUCGGCAAAAACCUACGAGCUUCCUCCCAGCGACAAAGCCAAAGGUCGUUCAUCCACCUUGAAGAGCAGAAGUGAGGCUAAACGAGCAGCCGCAAAGAGAAAGGCAGUUGCAAAUCAUAACCGGGGUAGCAAACGCAGUCGUACAACUGAGGAGAUUGAGCUUGCACCUGUCUUUCACUACUUCCAAAAGCUACCGAUUGAGCUCCGGCUAAAGAUCUGGAAGGAAGUAUGCAGGUUCCCUCGAAUCGUAGAGCCCUUAUCUUCCAACAAACCCAAUUUCCCAUCAGAAAGUCUUGCACCGGCGCUGCUUCAUGUCUGCAGAGAGGCUCGCGAAGAGGGGCUCAAGAUUUAUGAGAUGCUUCCUAGCUAUGGCGACCUCUCCAGAUUUCGAGAAACAUAUAUAAACUGGCAGGUUGACUACGUUCUUGUGCCAGUUGGUGCGAAGCGCAAAAAGAGUAUAGAUCCUAGUAGUCAGAAUCCCCCAUUCAGUCUCUCUCGAUUCUUGAAGCACGAGGGAUAUCAGAAGUGUCUUCAUCUGAUAAUACCGGAGACGGAAUUUAUUCAUUUUCUCAGUUUGGUGAUAAAACUCAAUCGGCAAUAUCCUUGGUCUUUUGAUUUUGAUAGACUGAAGACACUGGAGUCUUUGUCAAUCGCCUUGCCAUCACCGCACAACGGCCACAAGCAACGCGGUGGGGUUGUCAAAGCCAUGAGUACCUGGAGAUCGCAUGCUGAAUUACUCGAAAGUAGGCCCCGUCCUAAGAUUCCUUACCUGAUUUGGGAUUUGCAAAAAGUCAACGUUUCGUUUCCCAAGGAUCUUAAAAUAGGAUUCUGUCAACUGGAGGUUCUCCCUGGCUAUCGUCUAAAGGGGAGGGAAUGA